AUGAAUGUGAAAUUAGAGCAAAGGGUCCCACUUUGCUUCCAAGAUAUAUUGACAUAUGUGCAAGAAAUGGGCCGAAUUCAGUCAUGUGCAGAACUGAAAUUGCAAUUAUGUUGCAUGGGUAGCAACAAGAAGUAUUUUCCAAUGAGUUGUUUUCCCCCCACUCAACCAGCAGGACCCUACGGCCACAAUGGCUUCCUUUUGAUUUACCCUUUUGCGUUGUUUGAGCCUGUGCCUCUGGCUAGUACCAUUUGGACCUUCUUCUCAUGCUCUCUCGUGAACCAACCCCCCUUUUGUGAUUUUUCAGCUAUUCCCCUUUGGCUUUCAUUGGACACUCGGUUCUUUGGCAUCCGUUUGCAAGCAACAAAAAGGUCAGUGGUGGCUAAAGGCAAAUGCAAAGGCCAAAGGGGAUUGAUUCACAUGGUGGGGUGUGUGCAGUGUGGUCGUGUCAUUCCCAUUCCUAGGCCAUCGAAAGCUGCCCCUUCCCUUUGCCUUUUGCUUUCCCAAUCAAAGCUCUUUGGUCUGUUUUGUCCACAAAUUUAUGGAGACAAUGCAGUACAAACAAUAUUUAAGAUGCUGAUGAUUUAUGUCAUGCUAUUGCAGAAAUAA